AUGAAGCACACGUUACUCUUCAGCAGGGAUUUCCCCCUCUACAACAGCAGCGGGUGUAACGGGAGCUCGGAGCGCGAUGGGGCUUUCAGCACCAAGGACAGCAGUGUUCCCGGUGGGGAGAACGAGCUCCUGUUGCCCACUUUCUCCGCAGCCGCCAAGGUCAGGGUGGUCAUCACCCUGGCCAUCUUCCUCAUGUCCGCCUACCUCAACCUGACCGUGCUGUGGAGCGCCCUGAGGAGCAAGGGAGGAGGCAGCCGGUCCCACCUGAGGAUGCUGAUCCUGAACCUGUCCUGCUCUGAUCUGCUGGUCACUUUUAUUGUCAUGCCCCUGGACGCUGCCUGGAACACCACCGUGCAAUGGUAUGCUGGAGACCUGGCCUGCAAACUCCUCAUGUUCCUCAAGCUGCUCUCCAUGUACUCGGGCGCCUUCAUCACUGCGGUGAUCAGCCUGGAUCGCUACUGUGCCAUUCUGCACCCGUUGGCCAUCACCAGGGCCAAGGAGAGGAACAGGACCAUGCUCCUGGUCGCCUGGACUCUCAGCGUCAUUUUGGCUACACCUCAGCUUUUCCUCUUCCACACAGUCUCCAUCUCCGUGCCAGCUCCCUUCACGCAGUGUGUGACCCAUGGCAGUUUUACAGAGCAUUGGCAGCAAAAGGUUUACUUUUUGUUCACCUUCAUGUGGCUCUUCUUGCUGCCUCUCAUCAUCAUGGUGUUCUGUUACACCAGUAUAUUGAUCUGCAUUACACGGAAGAUGAAUGCAGAGAUUAUCUCCAAAGACAUGGGAUUGAGAUGUACCAGAAACUACAUUCCCAAAGUGCGAAUGAAAACCUUAAAGAUGACCAUUGUCCUCGUAAGCACCUUCAUCAUUUGCUGGACCCCAUACUAUGUGCUCGGAUUCUGGUACAAUUUUUUUCCAGCAAUGAUAAACAAAAAGCAACUUCCCGAAUCAAUCAACCAUAUACUGUUUAUUUUUGGGACACUAAACAGUUUCCUGGACCCAGUGAUCAGCCGUAUUGGCUACCUCAGGCUCAACAGUGGCUGA